UCAGCAGGCCGGUCGCUCUUUCCGAACAUUUCGCACAGUAUACCACUCCAAUUUGACCCCGCCCAACAUCCAAACUCUUCCUCAGCCUUCCUCUCAUCUUCAAGAGCAUUGAACCAUCGACGCCCAAAUCCAUCUUCAAGAGCAUUCAACCAUCGACGCCCAAAUCUCACCAUGUCCACCCUCAAGGUCAACCUCGAGAUCAAAGUCGACGAGCGCUCCGCCUCCUGCAACGUGGAAGUACCCCUGACUGCCAUCGGCGCAAUGACUCCCGGCUACCAUCGCGCAUCACAAAAGCUUGUGGUGGACUUUGUGUCGGCUGUUGUGGCGAAGGUACUGGGAGCGAAGGAGUUCAAGGUGCCCGAUGCUCCAGCGAGUACAUCAUCGACGAAGAGGGGGAUGAAUGGCUACUCUGCGGAACACACCACAAAGACAGAGUACGAACUUGGGCACGACUUUGAUCUGCUGAAUCACGAUGGUUAAAGGACAUCAGGCUAGUUUAUGGAAUGUCGUAUUUCAGGACUGCUAUCAUUGUGAAAUCGUGCCUGGGAUCCAAAAGGAGGAAACAGGUGUAUCUUUGAGGCGUUUACAUGCCUGGUCGAGAUGCGGUGGGUCAGGCAAGAUGGACUGGAAGCCGUGUUGUCGAGGAUGGUGGCCUGAGGCUGCAGGCCAAAUUCACCCAAAAUAGUUAGCGCG